AUGUCAUCUGACUUUGCCGAUUAUUCUGUUAAAAAUUAUUACUCCAUUCGAAAAAAUAAUCCAUUACUUCCUUCUUCAAUAAGAGCUUGCAUCAUAGGAAAAUCAGGAUGUGGUAAAACUAACUUGUUAAUGAAUUUACUUCUGGAUAAAUUUGAAGGAGAUGAUUAUUUAGACUAUGACAGCUUGUAUAUAUUUUCAACUACACUUUUUCAGCCCUGUUACCAAGCACUUAUAAAUGGUUUUCAAAAUGGGUUGAGUAAGAAAGAUAUUAGAGAAUGCUUUAAGAAUCAGAAUUUUAUGGUUGAGAAAAAAGAUAAACAAGAAAUAACUAUUCACACUUCAGAUAGUUUAGAUGAUAUUCCUGAUCCAAGUUCUAUUGAUCCUAAUAAAAAGACUCUAAUAAUAUUUGAUGACUUGAUGUUGGAGAAACAAAAUAAAAUAGAACAGUACUACACUAGAGGUAGACAUAAUAACAUUGAUUGUUUUUACAUUUCUCAAAGCUAUAUUAAACUUCCUAAGAAUACUAUAAGAGAGAACGCUAAUUUGUUUAUAGUGUUUCCUCAAGACAAGUUAAACUUGGAUUAUAUUUACAGAGAUCAUUGUAGUGAAUUAGAUAAAGAAAGAUUUUUAGAGAUGUCUUCAGAGAUUUGGAAAGAGAAAUUUUCUUUUUUGAUUAUUGAUAAGACUAGUGAAGCUUGUCGGAAUAAACACUCGAAAAUUAGAAACGAUGAUUAUGAGAGAGAAUCUCCUGAAGUAUUUUACUUCUUGUCAUCUGAACGCAAGUUAACAGACGAACUAAUAACUUUUGAUAAAAUCGAGAAAUACUUUUUCUUCACUAAAAAUGAUAAGCUAAGAAAAGAUAUAGAUAAAAGUUAUAAAACAAAAUUUCAUGGAGGAUCCGAACCGAUAUUUUUAUAUUGUAACGACAAACUUUUUUGUAAUAGAUAUGGUCCAUAUGGAGACAACAUCAUAGAUAUAGAACAAACUAGAGAUACAACUAGAUUCAAUAAAAAGAAUACACCAAUUAAUAAAAUCGAUUUUGAAAUUAGAGGGAAUACAAAUGAAAAUGUUCCGUCAAUAAAAAAUGAUACCCACUAUAUCAUCACAUCCGAGGAUGAUAUAAAGUUUUUAUACAAUUCAAGGGCAUCUGUUUUUAUAUCUGAAGAGGAUGAACACCUAUUGAGUUUAAAAGAUGUUGAGCAGUUAUAUCGCAGAGCUAAUACUGAUGUUCCAGAUAAAAGAAUUAAAGAUAGUAUAUCAGAAAAUGAAAGAAGAAAAAUGUUAUUAUCUAUGGCAUUUACUGACGGUUUGAUACAUUCUUCUACUUAUUAG